AUGCGCGAUUUCACCGAAUCGCGCACAUCCGACACACAGGACGAACUCUGGGUGCUCGAACAUCCGCCGGUGUUCACGCAGGGCCAGUCCGGCCGCGAUGAACACCUGCUCGCUCCGGGCGAGAUCCCGGUGGUCCGCAGCAAUCGCGGCGGCCAGGCGACGUACCAUGGGCCCGGACAGAUCGUGGUCUACGUGCUGGUCGACCUGCAUCGCCUCGGUUACGGCGUGCGUUCGCUGGUCGAGCGCAUCGAAAGCGCG